AUGACUGCAGGGAAUAAUAAUAAGACCGUCCUCGAAACUAAAGUCUUAAAUACUGCCUCCUUUAAGCUAUACAAGCGUCUUGGUUUUCUGCACAGUAAGCGGUUGCACUGCUGCUACCUUAACGGCAAUACGGCGUUUCAACUUAUCUUUUACUUGCAACUUGGCACCGCAAUAAAGGGUGAUAGCGAUUAG